AUGCAUAAUAAAAAGUGGCUGUUGUGUAUACAUUUACAGGGUUCAUCUCCACCUCCCUCUCCCUCCCUUUCCCCUUCCCCCUCCCCCUCCCCUUCCCCUUCCCCUUCCCCCUCCCCCACCUCCACCCCUUCCCCAAACACCUACCUGGUCACUAUUCUGGCCUCAAGCAUUGCCUUGCUGAUCAUAAUCAUUGGCAUCAUCUCCUGGACUGUCUGCCACCGGCAGUGCAAGAGGAAGAAUCAGCAACACCUAACAGAAGAGCUGCACACGACAGAGAAUGGUUACCACGACAACCCCACACUGGAGGUGAUGGAGGUGCAGCCGGAAAUGCAGGAGAAGAAGAUGGUCCUGAACGGGGAGUUCAAUGACAGCUGGAUUGUGCCAUUUGACAACCUCAUCAAGGACGACUUGCCCGAUGAGGAGGAUACUCAUCUGUAGCCACGGAAACAGUGCAGGGAUCUCCGUGGUAACUUCAUUUAAAACAAUUUCUCAUGUCCUGUGGCAUUCAUAGACCAUUUGAAAAUAAUUAUAUGAUCGUCUGUCAUUCAGUUCAAAAGUAAUAAUCACAAAAAGUUCACAGUCUUACGGUUUUCUUCUAUAAAGAAAGCUGCAGAUUAAUUAUAACAAGCCUUAAAACCACACAAAUGGGGAUGGAGCACACGGAUUCAUGUCGCUCUUCAUCUUGCCGCCCUCUCUCGAGCAAAGAAAUCCAGAAACGGAGUGGUCAAUGAGAUCGGGGUUUAACGGUACUGUGCCUUAGCAGCCCCUAUACCUGCAAGGGGUCUGUAGGGGGUGUGACACCAGAGAGCAAACAGAAAAGGGACUCUGGAGUGGACUAGGAUGGGAUAUGUUCCCUUUACGUGAGGGAUUUGAGAUCAGCUGCAGAUACAAGUAAAUGUUAAACUAGUAGUAAGUUUUCCUGUGUUAUUUCUUCAAAAUGUAAUUUUUUUAAGGUACGUGAACUAGUACCACUUUAACAUUUCCCUGUUAAUUUAUAAGCAUUAUGAUUGUCACAUGACACCAGUUGAAUAAAUGUGGUUAUUUGGUUACAGUAAUUAGUUAUAAUGUACCUACUACAGCUUCCGUACCUUUUUUUAAGUUUAAAAAACAUGAUACUCAUUUUCAUUGUUAUACCACAAGCACUUUUCUUCUGAUCAUGACUUGUGAAACACUGUACAGGCCUGACAAGCAAGUUGUUUCACUGGUUGACAGCUCAGGUCAAUACAGGGGAUCACCUGCUAGUGUCGCAGUUAGAGCUGCUGUCUUUGGACUGAAAGGUCACAGGUUUGAGUCCCACCUCCAGCUGUAGUACC